CGAAUAAGAAGCAGCGCAAUCGAAUCCUCAAAUCUCCUCAACAGCCGUAGGCCCGUAGCAGCGUAGCAUACGUUCCGAUCUCAACAAUGUCGAUUGUGAAGCGUAGCGACAUCUGCGAUCCCUUCUCCUUCGACCUCUGGGAUCCCUUCCAAGGCUUCCCCUUCGACGCCUUCCGCUCGCUAGCCGAGACGCGGCCUGGCUUCGUCAGCGACACCUCCGCCUUCGCCAACACAAGGAUCGACUGGAAGGAGACCCCCGAGGCGCACAUCUUCAAGGCCGAUCUCCCCGGCGUCAACAAGGGGGCGGUGAAGGUGGAGGUGGAGGAGGAAGGGCGAGUCCUCCAGAUCAGCGGCGAGCGCAGCAGAGAAAAAGAGGAGAAGAACGAUAAGUGGCAUCGCGUGGAGCGCAACAGCGGCAAGUUCCUGCGGCGGUUCCGGCUGCCGGAGGACGCCAAGGUGGGCCAAGUGAAGGCGAGCAUGGAGAACGGCGUGCUCACGGUGACGGUGCCCAAGGAGAAGGUCAAGAAGCCCGAUGUCAAGUCCAUUGAGAUCUCUGGGAACUAGAUGCUCAGGUUCAUUUCUCACCCAAAAUAUACUCUACUUUUCUUGUGCGUGUUCAGUGUUCUGUUCUGGAGUGUGUUCCGUGAUGUGUGGUCUUGUCCUUGAGUGUCACUACUGCGUCCAUUUCCGUAACUUGAACUUGUAGCAGUUCUUGUAAAUAAAACGAUCGAGUGGAACCGUAUUGCAAUGAUUAGCUGUGUA